CCCCCGCCGCCCGCUCCGGAGGCGGGGCGGGAGGCCACGUGACCCAUUGCUAUGGCACCCGCGGUAACAAUCUGGCCGGGCCCCGCCCCUGCACCGCGACCUCCCCACCGACACCCCACGACCUCCACGCCUCCCGCUUCUCCCGGGCCCAGGCACCCACGGAGGCACUCCGGCUUCGGGGCGUUCGGAGUGAGGCCGCGGUAGACGAGCACAGGCUAACGCGCCAGGCCCCGGCUGCGGAAGAGCUGGGAUGACCAUGAACGAGGCGAAGGAGGCGCUGCGGAGCAUCGAGCAGAAGUACAAGCUGUUCCAGCAGCAGCAGUUCACCUUCGUGGGGGCGCUGGAGCACUGCCGGGAGAAUGCCCACGACAAGAUCCGGCCCAUCGCCAGCAUCGAGCAGGUGCAGAGCUACAUGGAGCACUACUGCACCAACUCCACAGACCACCGCAUCCUGCUCAUGUUCCUGGACAUCUGCACGGAGCUGAGCAGGCUCUGCCAGCGUUUCGAGACCCUGCAUGCAGGCACCCCGAUCACCAACAACUUCCUGGACAAAUGCAAGACCUUAGUGAGCCAAAGCAACGACCUGAGCAGCCUGAGAGCAAACAGGUACCCCCACGACGUGGUGAACCACCUGAGCUGCGACGAGGCCAGGAACCACUACGGGGGCGUGGUCAGCCUCAUCCCCAUCAUCCUGGACCUGAUGAAAGAAUGGAUCGCCCACUCGGAGAAGCUGCCCCGCAAAGCGCUGCAGCACGUGAGUGGGCCUGCCACGCCGGGGGCCCCCGCGCUGGGGCCCCCCACGCCGGGACCCCCCGCGCCGGGACCCCCCGCGCCGGGACCCCCAGCGGCCCCCGUGCCUUCUGCCGAGGCCACAGGCACCCGGGACCGCGGUACAGAACAGCCCUGCAGGCAACUUACAAAAGGCAGCCUCAAGCCCAGGGGGGCAGACCAGGGGUGCUCAAAACCCCCCUGGAGACCCCCUGGGGGGAAACUGUAACCCAGAGCCAGUGACUCCACCCAGCCCGCCCCGCCCCGCCGAGGGGUGCUGUCACUAAACUCAGUGUCUAGUGGUCGCCCCAUUUUCACUGGCACUCACUGUCUCCGACACUCAUUAACCCCAAGGGGGUUGCCCAAUAUAUAGGGUGUCCCCUAAAAAUGUAUACACACUUU